AACCACAAGUGCGGUGCAAACUUUCUCCAAAAGAACACAGCAAGAAGCCUUUGGUUUUUAAAUGGUUAAUCUCAACAGGUCACCAGCAGCCACCGAGACCAACAAAGUCAUAUAAGGCUUCAAGCAGACUUUGCACAAGAGGAUACACACACUGUGUGACAGGAGGGGAGAGAGAUGGCAUCGAACAGUCUCUUCAGCUCAGUGACACCUUGUCAACAAAACUUCUUCUGGGAUCCCAGCACCAGCCGGAGGUUCAGCCCCCCUUCCAGCAGCCUGCAGCCCGGGAAGAUGAGCGAAGUGAGCCCGGUGGUGGCAGCAGCCCAGCAGCAGCAGCACCAGGAGGCGGCGGCCGCGGUACCCAGGCUUCGCCCGCACGACAACCGCACCAUGGUGGAGAUCAUCGCCGAUCACCCGGCCGAGCUAGUCCGCACCGACAGCCCCAACUUCCUGUGCUCCGUGCUGCCCUCGCACUGGCGCUGCAACAAGACCCUCCCGGUGGCAUUCAAGGUAGUAGCUUUAGGAGAAGUUCCAGAUGGGACAGUGGUCACAGUCAUGGCUGGGAACGAUGAAAAUUAUUCUGCAGAGCUGAGGAACGCCUCUGCUGUAAUGAAGAAUCAAGUGGCACGUUUUAAUGAUCUGAGAUUCGUGGGCAGAAGUGGAAGAGGGAAGAGCUUUACCCUGACAAUAACAGUCCUUACAAAUCCCCCCCAAGUUGCUACAUACCACAGAGCUAUAAAGGUGACAGUGGAUGGACCAAGAGAACCAAGGAGGCACAGACAGAAGCUUGAUGACUCUAAACCUAGUUUGUUCUCUGAGCGUCUCAGUGAUUUAGGGCGCAUUCCUCAUCCCAGUAUGAGAGUAGGGGUCCCGACUCAGAGCCCACGGCCCCCUCUGAACUCUGCACCAAGCCCUUUUAAUCCACAAGGACAGAGUCAGAUUACAGACCCCAGACAAGCACAGUCAUCCCCUCCAUGGUCCUAUGACCAGUCUUAUCCAUCAUACUUGAGCCAGAUGACUUCACCAUCCAUUCAUUCCACAACUCCCCUGUCCUCCACGCGAGGCACAGGCCUUCCUGCCAUCACCGAUGUGCCCAGGCGGCUCUCAGACUCAGAACCUUGCACCCCUGACACUCCCUCUGCCACUGCCUCGCCAUCAUCUUCUGAAGAUCCUGCAACUCUCACAGCACCUCCCUCACCAUCCCCUUCCUAUGGCUGCGAGGCCUCCAUAUUUUCACCACCACUGCCCACCUGUACCAUGGCUUUGAAUCCUGAAAUGCCACCACGAACAUCAGCUUCUGCCACACUGAACCCAUCAUCAUCUACCUCAAUUUCCUCUCUGCAUUCUGGGCUUCCUUCUGCUGUACCACCAGCUGCCUCUGCUUCAGCUACCCAACCUAGCAUGUACUCACCUGCAGGUGCAGCCAUUUCACCUAGCCAUGCCCCCCACCUUAUUGAUUGGCUUCCGUACCUUUCCUCAGUGAUGAGCACCACAAAGCAGGGGAAGGAGGAAGAACAGCCAUCCACAGGUCCAGGUGAGCACAUGAAGAGGUGUGGAAGCAUAUACUUGCCUGUACUUAGUGAAGGAGAAAAUGUUCAAGCAGGGUUCAUCAAGCAGCAGCCUCCUGAAUCUGUUUGCUCGCCGCCACCAUUUCAGGACAUCUCCCCACAUUCUGAACAGCCACCUGCAACUCUAGGGGACAUAUUGGCAGAGUUGAAGACAAUGAACAACCACCUUUCUAUCAUAGCCAGGGCUCUUAGCCACCUUGCUUCUUCCGUAGCAUCAUCUCAGCAGGAUUCCACAAACACCACAGGCUUGUAAGAGAGGAAUUCUUCCAGAAUUCCCAUUUAAUAGAGUCUUUUCCAAUAUUUUAUUGGGAAAGCAGCUAAUAUGGAUGAUACAGUAUGAAAGAGAUGCAAUUACUGAUGCAAUGGUUUUGGUGAAGACAACUUUCUGGUGAUUUUCCCUUCCCUAGACAUGGAAAAUGUCAUGUUGGCUUCCUAGACUUCUUUUCUUACUUCUGUUUCA